UGAAAAUAACCUCAAAAAUUCAUGCCGUUUAAAGUUAAAUUUCCUGACAAUAUUUUUCAAACAGUUGAAGUUUUUUAAUUACAAAAUAAAGACAUAAAAGUAUUUUUUUUAAUUUUUGGUUAUCUGUGAAAUCAAUGAAAUGAUGAAGGGGAUAAAAAGAAGUGGUGAUGAAUUAUUAUUAUCAGAGAAAUCCUGCAAAUGCCCAAAGGUUGAGCAUAAUGAAGAUAUGAUAAAAUCAAGUUUUGGAAACUAUUUGAUUAAACAUAAUAUAGUUUUUGAGACAUUGUCAAUUUCUUAUGGGAAAAUUGAUAAUUUUUUGAAGGAUCUUACUUCUAACUGGUCUGUGAAAUUAUCAGAUGAAGAACUGGACAUCCUAAUGAGCCUUGAAUUAAAUAAGGUUUUGCAGCACAUUUCUUUCCGACAAUAUUUUAGACAUAAUCUGGAAGUAUACUGUAAUUUUGUUACACUAGUUCUAAGCAAAAUCAACUCUUCAAAGUUGGUUGCUCUAUUCCUGAAAAAUGAAUUGGUGUUUUACAUAACAUUUAUUUGUGAAAAGGAAUUUCGAAAAUAUUUUUUGAAAAAUAUAUUUCCUGUACUCGUUGAUAUUUUAUGUAAAUAUGAAGAUCAGGAACUCUAUCUUGAAGUUUGUGAAAUUUUUAAGAAAGUUAUAUUGGAUAAAAAUCUUGUAGAGUUUCAGAAUUACCUAGAAUACUCCCUGAAAUUGACAGAAAGCAAAACAGAUGAUAAAUUUGAAAUUCCAAAGGCUGUUUUAAGAACCAUUGGUGGUAGUUUUAAUUCACAUUCAGAAUCUUACUCGGCUCCCAUAAUAAUUUUUCAGUCAAUAGUUGAUAGUUUCAAGGAUUUCAGAAUAGUUUAUAUAUUUUCAAUUGUUAUGAUUGAAUUAUUAGGUUUCAAUUUGGGUCGAGAUUUUAGUAAUAAAAAAAUAUCGAAAUUUAGUUCAUCAGAUAUAAAACUAUCAAAAUCAUUGAAGCUUUUAUUGGAAAUGCUAAAAAUUCUUAAAAAUAGUAAAGUUGACUUGAAUUGUUCUGUAAUGAUAACUUUUUCACAAUUUGUAGAAAAUAUUGUGAAUUCUGUUCUAAAUCUAACAAUCUCCCCCAAUAGAGACUCUUAUGAGGUAUUGGAAUUCUCAAUUGAUAUUCAUCCUUUGUUGGUUGAAAAGCAUCUAAAUAACUUAAUUGCUUAUUCUAUGUUUGCCGAUAAUUCUGAGAAUGAAGAAAAUUAUUCUAGAUUACUUCUGAAAAUUUUUGAAACUUAUGCAAAAUUACAUAGAAUUCAAAAUUUAAUUUCUAAGAUGUUACCUGUUCUCAAAUCAAUUGAGGAUAAUAAAAAUUUCGAAGAAUAUUAUACAUUUAGAGGAUGCCAUGAUCUACAAGGAAUUAUAAAAAGAAAUCUGAAUGCUGACAAAGUACUUCCUGAUGAAGUCAUGAGAUAUUUUUCUCAAUGUGCAAUGCAGAUGGCCAGUUGGCAAUACAUGAAUUUGUUCAAAACUUUCAUAUUUCAUUUAGAUAAAACUGUUGAAGGUUUCGUGGAGACAAAUGAAGAUGAUCAUAACAGUUUUAUUGAAGUGUUAUGCAAGUUCACAUCUUGGCUAUUAAGAAUCGACAGAAUGGAUGAAAAUACCACUACUACAAAAAUAAUGGAAAACUUCAAUACAAGCAUGGGAGAAGUGAAAGGUAUUCUAAAUAAAUUAGGAGGGGCUCUUUUAGGAAGGGAACAUGAUCAAUCGCUUGUCAGAGUUUUCCUCAAUCUGUCCCAUGAUUGGGCUGAAAGUUUUAUAAAGUUUCAUUACUACAACAGUGGUUAUUUGCAAGAUGAAGAGAUAUUUUUUGAUGUGAAUCAUACAAACUAUUUGUUUUCUUUCCUGACCCAUGAGCAGUGGAUUCUAUUGUCCCAAAGAAUAAUGAAUUUUGGAGAGUCCAACUGUAAAUAUCUUAUGCUUAUACUCAUUAUUCAAAAACUGAGGGCAAUGCACCUCUUUGGCCAUAAAAUUGAUGAGAACUCUCAACGUGAAGCUAUCGAUCAAAUAACUUCCAAUGUGGAGGGUGCCUAUGAAUACAUAGUUUCUGAUAUAUUCAUAAAUGAACAUUUACUGCAUAAAUUGGAUUUGGAUGUUAUCAUGAAUAUAUGUGAUCAACUAUUGAUUAGAGUUGAUGAUACACCAAAAAUAUUAAACGACAUAAGCGAUUCACAAAUUUUAAGUAAUGCUUUGGGCUUUGUCAUACUCAAAAAAAUUAAGAAGGUGUUAUCCAAGGCAAAAUCAAGUUCCUUAUUGAAAAAACUCUUAUCUGUUGUUGAUAAGGAAAUAUGUAUUCCUAACUCAGAGGAGGAUGAAUCAUAUUUCUCAGUGCUCAAAGAGGUAUAUGAGCAAAAUCUUUGGACUCUUGAUGAGGUCAGCAUGAAUCAAGAAUAUGAAGAUAAGAUCCGAUUUCACUUCAAUUAUCUAAUGCAAUUACCAAUUCCUUUUUUAUCCCCUAAAAUCAAAUCAUUGAUUUUAGUUGGUCUAUUUUCAUUGCAUAAAAACUUUUGGGGUAUAGAAAGCGAAUUUAAAUGUGUUCUAGAAACCUGUAUUAAAAAUUUGAUUCGAGAGGUUAAAAUUGAUUUGAUGAAAUUAUUUGAACCUAAGUCUUUGAUUAGAAAUUUGACUACAAAUUUUAGUGGAAAAGAAGAAUUUAUUGGAGCUUUAUCUGAAAACUGUUUAAAAAAUGAAAAUUCAAUCAAAGGACUAGUUCCUGUUGUUGAUUAUUUACUAGAAAAUGUUAAUGAUAGUGAAAAUUUGCAAUAUAGUCUACUGAUUCUGAAGGAUUUGAAAAAAGUAAAGAAAUCAAAAAGUUCAAUUGAAUUCAAAGAAUUUUGUUCAGAAGUCAGAAAUAAUAUACUCAAAGCAAACUUUGAAAUAAUCACUUCCAAAAAAGCUAAUGAAUCAAUGAUUCCAUCAUAUGCAUGCUGUUUAAAACACUGGAUAGUACUUGAAAAAGAAGAAGAACUUGAAAAAUUGGUGAAAAAAUUAGACAAAUAUCUGAGUUUAAUUUUAGAUAUGGAAAAAGAUAUACUUCCGAGAGGAAGUGCUUCUUUAUUUUGUACAGUAUUACCAAAUAAACAUAUUUUCAAAGUUUCUCCAGAGUUACCAUUGAAGAUAUGGACAUAUUGUAAAAUGAAAAAAGUAGACCCUAGUGAAGAACAAGACUUUUCUCAGCUUCUUUGUUUAAUAUUUGAACAUAUGCCAAAUGACCUAUUUGAUCUGAUUUCGUCAGAUCUUUUCAGUAUGAUGGUUGAAUCUAUUCAUCAAAAAAAUUAUUCACAACUUUUCAAACAUCUUCAAACAGUAACCUUUUUAUUAACUUCUUCUCUCAAUCCCAUUAAAAUUGAAAUAUGGCAGAAAAUAUUGGAGAAGCUCUUAUUGCAAUUACAAAGCCUCAAAGAAGAUAUUAUUUAUGACCAAAAAAUGUUUGAAGAAAUCAUGAAGUUUGAAGUUGCUAUCAUUAACCGAAAGACUCUAGUACUAUCUCCUUGCAUGAUGAGCAUGUUUUUGAUGAGCCCUUACACCUUGCUAAAAAAAGGGUCCGAUUUUUAUCAGGACUUCAACAUAUGUACCAAUUACUUGGAAUGUUUAUUGAAGCAUCGAAGUUCUAUGAUCAUGGACAGACUUCCAACUUAUUUGAAAGUCUUCAGAUCCUUUUUGUCCACCUUAUGCAGAAGAUGUGGAGAAGCAGAAAAGAAUAACGAUCUAAGUGAAUUAGAAGAUUUGGCAGAUUGUGCAUAUCAGUUGGAAAAGUUAGUGCGUCUUUUAGUGAUACAUAAGAAAGAUAUGGCAAGAAUUGCUUGUCAUCUCAUUGGAGAUAUUCUUCAUCAAUAUGAGACUUUUACAUUGUAUCCAAAGGUUAAGGUCCAUCUAAAUAAUUGCAUGUAUAGUCUGAUCUCUAUAUGUGAUAAUCAUGCAGUUUCUUACCUUCUACGGGUUUUAAGCAGUGCAUCAACAGAGUUAUUCAAGAAAGUGUUUGAUGAUUUCAAGAGAUUCCAUAGAUUUACUGGAAAAGUUUGAGAAGUUUUAUAUAUAAUUGUUAUAUUGUUGAUUCUUAAUAUCUGCUGAAACUGUUGUAAAUAUUAUUUGUUGAACUUAUUUAUUUUAUAUAAUAAUAAACAAUAACCAUUUGUAAUUA